AGAGUCCCAGUCUAACUUUUAUGACAACACGCACACACACGUUCAUAGAUGUAUGAAAAUAUACGUUUGUGCAUCGUCGGUGUUACUGUUGAAAAUCUGCAGUGAUUUUUCCCUUAGUGUGUUGACAGAAAAACAUUACUGGAACUGUAAAAAAAAUGACACACAGACAGACAGAAGUAAAAGUAGGAGGGAUGUGGAUUUUUAAGAUGGGAAAGUGAGAAAAAAUAUAUAUUACAUCCUUUAGUGUGGAUGGCGAAAGAAAAAGUGAAUGUGUUUGUGAAAGAUAGAGAGGGGGAGAGGAAAAAGCAGGAGAGGGAGAAAGAGUUGGCACCCACAACCAAUUCCACUCGGCACUAAGUGUACGUAAUUCCGAAGUCUCUUUGACAUCAAACUGAAAGACGGAAGCAAUCGAUGGGGACGGCGUGGGCUGGACGGACACUUUGGCUAAGGCCUCUUCCAUCCUGACUUGCUUUCCUGGGAUGGGGUAGAAAAAAAAAAUUCGACUGCUGUGAAGUGGGGUGAGGGCAGUAAAUAGGGUAAGUUGGAAAAAAAAAUAGUUUCUAUUAUAAUUGUUUUACUCCCAGUGUUAGAACCGUGCCUCCAGCCCAUCGGGGCUUCUUCGUUUUGCUGAAGCGGAAGAGAACCAAGGACAGAAACCAUGUUGUCACUCAUAAGUGAUGGUCAACAAACAACCAAGUGAUGUACAUCUGGCCAUUUCGUCAGUUCGACCAUCGACUGUCUGCCUUCGUAUUAAGUCAACCGGAACUGGCCUCAUCAGUCACGUCUGAAACUGCUGAAAUAGCAUCUUACUUCUUGUGAGAUUUCUAAUGAAAAGUAAUGGACACCAUUCAGAGGAACUAGCGAACAUCUUAGUGAAAGCAUCACAGUCAUUGUUAUUGUUGCUAUUAGUACAAUAACCAUUAUUAUUAUUAUCAUUUGAUUUUGCUAUGAAAGUUUUUGUCUGAGAACUGGUCGAUCCAUUUUGUGGUAUUCAAAUAGCGAGUGUGAAACGGGGCAAUAUUUCUGCCAAAAACCCAUCCUGCAUGACACAUGUGUAUGUGAUAUACCAGUGUUGUCUAUUCUGACAACCUUGUCUUUCAUAUCUGCCUUUGUAUUUGAGGGAGUUUAUUUAUUGAGUAAACUAUUUAAAGUGCAACGAACGUUAAAAUACAUGCACACAUUGUAAACAUCACUCUCAUCAUCUAUAUGUAUAUAAGGAAACACACAUUUAUAGACACUCAGUCAAACCUUGCACAUAUAUCAUCUUUAUAUAUAGUAAAAGCAUACAUCUACACACACAUACAUAUAUAUAUAUGUAUAUAUUAUAUACACAGACAAAUAUAUAAAAGCUCAAGGUUGAGAAAACGUGAAAGAGUGUGAGUGAGUGAAGAUAUGUAUCCGGUGCAAACACCAUACACAGCUGCAAGCCAAACUGCCAUUUAUGACCAACCCCUCUAUCAGAUGAACCACUUGAAAAACAAUGAUAAAAGCAGUCUACCUGGUAAAUCAUUUCAGCAACAUUCUAGUUCUCCACCUGUAGAAGGUAACCCAAUGGAGACCCCAGAAGCUAGCAGCACAGAUUGUGCUGUGGCACAAGAAUUUGCAGCUACUGUAGCAUCAGAAGAUUUCUCAAAUGCUUCACAAAAUCAGAUCCCUAUCAAUAACAAUCAAGAUAAUCACAUGGUCCCUCCAGCCCCUCAACAGCCUAUUGAGGAUUCCACUUGCAUAUCUCGUAAUGACUCCCUGGCUUUGGAUAGCAACAGUAGCCAUGCAUCCCACGAAUCUCCUCAAGCAGCCCAACUACAGCCACAGCCACACCCUGCUUUUACAUCAGUGUCCCCACAACCCACCAUGAUUACAACCCCUCGAACUAUGCCAGCAUCUACCAUGAUGCUGCCUGGCCACAACCAAACUAUAUUUGAGUGUGCUUUCUGCAAGAAAGUUUUUACAAAGCAGUUUGCACUCAGAGUUCAUGAACAAGUACAUCUUGGAGAGAAACCAUAUUCAUGUAAUAUAUGCAACAAAAGCUUUGCCCAACAGAUCCAUCUACGAAAUCACCAGCGUGUACACACUGGAGAGAAACCAUUUCAAUGCACCAUAUGCAAUAAAGCAUUCAGUCAAGCUGGCAAUUUAAAGCUGCAUCUCCGUAUCCAUUCCGGAGACAAACCAUUCACCUGUGAUAUAUGUUCUAAAGCGUUUUCGCAACGAAACAGCCUCAACGAUCACAAACGCUUCCACACUGGUAAUAUGUUUUUUUGUAAGUUUUGCAAGAGAGCAUUCUGCAACCAGUUUUUCCUUGAGAACCACGAAAGAUCUCAUACCGGUGAAAAACCAUUCACUUGUGACUACUGUGGCAAACUGUUUGCUCAGCGAGGGAAUUUCCGAACACACCUGAGGAUCCACACAGGUGAAAAACCAUUUAUCUGCGAAGUAUGUGGCAAAGCGUUCUCUCAAAGAAACAGCUUAAAUGAUCACAACAGAUUACAUACUGGCAAUUUGUUUUUCUGUCAGUAUUGUAAGAAAGCUUUCUGCAAUCAGUUCUUCUUGAAGAUUCAUGAGCGCAUUCACACAGGUGAGUUAUUUUACUGUACCUUCUGUAAGAAAGGCUUCUGCAAUGAAUUCUUUCUUCGAAACCACGAGAGGGUGCACACAGGGGACAAACCCUACGAUUGUCAAUUUUGUAAUAAGACUUUUGCCCAAAGGGGCAACUUAAAAACACAUUUAAGAAUUCAUACUGGAGAGAGGCCGUUCAUCUGUGACAUCUGUGAUAAAGCUUUCUCACAACGAAACAAUCUCAAUGAUCAUAAACGGUUACACUCUGGUGAUUUGUAUUUCUGCAGUUUCUGCAAAAAAGCAUUUUGUAAUCAAUUUUUUCUCAAGACUCACGAGCGGACUCACACAGGUGAGAAACCAUUUGAAUGUGAAUUUUGUCAUGAGAAAUUUUCUCAGCAAGGCAACCUGAAGACUCAUCUACGUACUCAUACUGGCGAAAAACCAUUUGCCUGUGGUCAGUGUGGUAAGAAUUUUGCACAGAAAGCUAAUCUGAAUAACCACAAGUGCCCCAUGGCAUCAGCACUGAAUAGAGAAACUGGAGGGGUUAAUUCUAAUAUGGGCGGCAAGAAUCACAGACUCGCUAAUAAUAAUGAUGACUGUGGGAAUCGAAACUGUGAUGGGGAGGUUUUUUCAGGUUCAAAGCAACAACCUCAUAUUGCUUCACCCCCAGCAACAAUGAUGAAGGACUCUGGACAUGAUAAAUCUCCGAUGUCAUAUAAUUCGUCUCCCCCAGCUACUGCACAGUCACACCAAGGAACACACCAUUCCAACAAAAUGCCGUCAUCGUCAUCACAUGUACAGAAGUCCAGUAUGAAGGUCACUGAUCGUCUUCUGCAGCAACACAACCACCAACAGAGUAUUGUUUCACAGCCACACGGAGACUUACCUCAAGUUCUGCCUCAUGCUGUACGACCUCAGGUGUCAAACAUUUCCCCAACACAUGCACCAACAUCUCCCUAUCUCCACAGCAGCCUGCCUCAGAGUUGGGAGAACAACAAUUAUGUUUGGUCCCGCGGAUUCCCCAUGCCACCACUACUCACCUCCACUUGGCCCAAUAUGGCAGGUUCAUAUUCAUGCGGAGUAAAACAAGGCAAACAAUUGCCGUGGAAUAACUUACAAGCUAUGCACGCUCCUUCAAAGAACAUUACAAAUCAGAAUCCAGAAACGAGUGGUAUAAAAUAGUUGUCUAAUAUAAUGGAAGAAACCUUUCUUCAUUCAUUUUUUCUUCUUUAUUCAAUUGGACAGACUUCUUCAUUUGUAAGAGUUUGUUUUUUGUGUGUGUGUGUCUGCUUAACUUGUAUAUGUCUUCUGCGUGAAAUAGCCAGACCGCCAAUAUUACUCCCUGAUGUUGUUGAUUUUUUUUUUUAAUGUCUCCAAAUGGUAUUAGAACACAUGCAUACCAACAUUAGUACAGUUUAGUACAUAAUGCUUACAAGUGACCGCAUCUUCAAUAAAAUUCUUCAGUUUCUCUUCAGAUUUCUGAGACAA